UCAGCAAAAUUAGUAAAAAAAAAGUUCUAUGACCACACUACCCCCAUGCGAUCCGGAGGCAUUACUUUUUGGAAUGCUUGGUGCAGCUGCAUCGUUAGCUUUGGCUAAUAUCGGUGCCGCUUACGGAACCGCUAAGGCAGGUGUAGCGGUUGCACAGUUAGGUAUUCUUCAUCCGAAUCGAGUAAUGCGUGGUAUCGUUCCAGUCGUUAUGGCGGGUAUUUUAGGAAUUUACGGUCUCAUUGUUUCUGUUAUAAUCUGCAAUAACAUGAAGACAUCUGGGUAUUCGCUUUUUUCUGGUUACUUACAUUUUGGUGGAGGUCUGGGUGCUGGCUUUGCGUCUCUUGCCUCCGGUUAUGCCAUCGGUGUUGUUGGUGAUGUGUGUUGCCACGCUUACGCUAAAACGGAAAAAAUUUUUGUGCCCAUGAUUCUUAUGCUUAUUUUUGGAGAGGCACUUGGAUUAUUUGGCCUCAUUACGGCACUAUUAAUGAGCAGUCGCGCAAACGCUGCUGUCGGUCGAUGCAAGUAAAAUAUUCCAAUACUUUCCUAGGGUGAAAUAUUUCCUUUGUAUCUCGUUUUCGUAAAUGUUUCUUUCUUCCUGUCGCUGUGAAUGGAUAUUUAUGCAUGUGGUGACGACUAGUAAGUGUAAUACACUUCUGUUAUAAAACACAUUGUAGUCUUUCCCCUUUCCUUUAUAGUGAAUGCAAUUUGAUCUGCUUGUGACCAUUA